UUUUCAGACGUUUCAAUUUAAUUUUUUUUUUAUUUAUUUAUUUUUUUAAAUUUUUUUUAUUUAAUGUUGACUGAUUUUUAAACGUGGUUAUGUUUGUAGUGGAUUGUGAUUAUUUGUUUUUUAAUUGACACAUUCUCAUUUUUCUAUCACAGUUUUAUAGUAUGGAGUUUGAGCAGUUGAAGACAAUAUUUAUACAUUUAGAAAAAAAUAUCUCUGUUCUUGAGAGAGAACUUGGUGAUAUUUCAAAGUUUUGUUACCAAACUGAUAACGGGUCUGAUUUUGAAGGAAUCAAGGUAUUGAAGAGGCUGUCAGAAGAAUUGGAGGAAAGAUGUAACGAACUAGAAGAGUUAAAUAAACAAGACGAGGCUGACAUUUGUGAAAUAAAUAAAGAAUUGAUAGAUAGUAAACAUUAUGUAGCUGAACUUGAAGAAAGGCAGCAGGAAUUUGAAAACAUCCUCAUUCAACACAACUUGCUUGAACCUGAUAACUCUGAACAACCGCAUAAAGACUUAGAGCAUGAUGUAAGCAGCUAUGAGAAGUUCCUUCAUGAGAGAAAACCUUUCAAGAGCCCCCUUGCACCUCAGGUAGCUGAUUCACCAGUCAAUAGCACAUUUCUUGUGGCUCGAAUUCCGAGCCAGACAAUACAACAAUUGCAUGAUUUCAAUAAAGAAAACCUCUCAGACUUGCAGAAUACCAUAUGUGACUUUCAGGAACACAAACAAAAGUAAAGAAACUGCAAGAAAAACUAAGAAGACUAAAUUAUUUGAAGUUAAAUCCAAUAAUUAUUGAUUAUUUGCCUAUGAGACUAUUGCAUACAAAUACAAACAAAAGUGACUCAACAGUUUCUUAAUGAUUCAAACACUGGACCGUUUCCAAGUUACAUUUUUAUAAGUAUGAUCUUUGUUGUUGUGUGUGAUAAGUGUAUAAAUUUUAAAUAAUAAGUUUAUAAUAAACAUAAUGAAAAAUUGG